AAUUUGGGUGCAUAAAAAGAUGUAAUUAUUAUUUUGUACGAGACUCGCAUAAAAUUAGUAUCAAAAUGUAUUCUGUUGACAAACUUGUACUCGAAAUGCACUAAAUUAUUACAAAGUAUUUAGUACGAAAUGAUUACAAAGAAAUUAGUGAAGAUUCAUUGCGUAUUUGUGGGCAUAACAUUCUCAUGAGAUUUCUGGCAUUAAAUUCUUACACAAUUCGUACCCGGGAAAUUGUACAAAUAAAAAUGCAGUAAACAGGUGCUAGUAUUUCCACACAGAAUUUGUGCCAAUAAUUUGGCGAUGCUUUAUUACAAAAUUAGUAUUAUUUAUCUAUUCUCGAUCAAUGCUCUCUAGCAGUCAGUAGUGGUACCAAAGUUUUCUAGCAUUCAGUUGUUCAGUUAACCACGCCGUUACUUCCUCCUCAUUUAAUUUUAUUUCUAACCAAACUUAGUGAAACAAUUAAAAUCAUAUGUCGGACAAUUUGAAAGAGUUUGUGUUGUUCGAGUUCGAACUUGACAAAGGGGUGGAGGUCGUGCCAUCCACAUGGAUUUCCACGGAUCGAACUAAGUGCAAAUUUCUAAAUCCAAUUCCGAAGGGAUUUUCCAGUGUUCAAAGUGACCAGUGUGCGCUCCCAGAUAAUGGAUGGACUAGUUAUGACAUAUUAUAUGUUGGGACUUACCAUACGUACGAGAAAGCGAUAAGGAAGUUGAAAAAGUAUAUCACAAAUAAACCAAUCGACUCAAGUGAGAAUGACCAACCACGGCGGCGGCAGCGCAAGGUACCCGAGGAAGGCACGUUUUCAGAGCCUAAUAAUCCUGAGGCACAUAUUACUUCCUUGGAUUGUGAAACAGGGAACGAGGUCAUCCUUGGAGCCUCCGCAUCAACGGAAGAAGAAAUUACCGGGUCUCCACAAGUUCAAGUCUUUCAGUCAGAACCGGACCCGAAAGUUGAAUGUCUAUUGACAGAAUUCAGAAAAUUUCGGGAGGAAUUUUUAAGGUUUCAGGAAGAAUCUUUACGUAAUCAGCAUGUCUUGCUGGAGAGGGUGGCAGGUCUAGAAAAGCUUUGUAUAAAAUGCACAAGGCUAGCUGGGGAAAAUUUGGCAAAUAUAGGGAAAAUCAAUUGGCCAGCUAAAACAUUGGAAGAACUGGAAUCUGUCGAGGCGUUGUUGGAGAAUCAGACUUACUAUAAACAAGAAUUUCAGGUUGCUCUGUUUGCGAGAAAAUGAGGAUCGACGCUGUCAAAGGAUGUAUACGACAUUCUUCAUUCUAUGAUUAGCAAUGACCUGCGAAGUAGAAUUCGAUACACUGCAAAAAGUAAUAAGAUUCCUUUUGCAAAUCGACUAGCAGCAAAUCUGGUUCGAGGUUCAUCAUUUUUAUUAAUUGUGAUUAAUGAAUGAGGGAUGUCAUUAUUAUAUUUUGUAUAACUACAACACUAAAAUAAUGGAUAAAUUUUUAUAUCAAUUUGCCCAUUGUAUGUAUAUGUCUUUGUAUAAGAAUGUAUAUGCACAACAUG